AUGGCACCUGUGCAAGUUAGACGCGGGGGGCAUUUAGAGCCAUAUGCAGAGUUGACACCCUUAGGUUGGGUGAUUGCCGGCCCAGUCCCCGCCUCCAAUGGUCAGGAGAUGCGUGUCUUGUGUGUCCACGUGUCGGAGGACGAAGGCGAUGCUAAUCGAGAGUUACGAAAGUUCUGGGAUGUGGACAGUUUCGGUGUUCGGGCAGAGAUUAAGUCACCUUACACGCCUGGUGAGCAGAAAGCCUUGGACAUUCUUGAUCAAUCAUGCAAGCAGCAGGAGUUUGGUUAUCAACUCGGACUUCUUUGGAAAACGAACAGACCCAGUUUACCUAAUAAUUAUGACACUGCCCUGAAACGCCUAGAAUCGGUUGAACGUCGCCUUUUGAAAGAUCCGAAGUUAGCUGAGGGAUAUUUAAAAGCGAUAAAUGCAUAUGUUGAAAAGGGAUUUGCACGCAAGUUAUCGGAAGAAGAGCGCGUAAAACAUGGUGAACAGUGGUUCCUACCCCCAUCACCCUGUUCUCUCCCCACACAAACCCCUACCGAGAGUAGUAUUUAA